CGAAAAAGUUACGUUUUUUUGUCUAUAAAUAGGGAAUUUUCAAUAAUUUUUAGCUUAUCAAACUACAACCACAAUGGGUCGUCGUUCAAUAAACACCACAAAAAGUGGGAAAUACAUGAAUCCAACGGAUCAAGCUCGCAAGGAAGCCCGAAAAAAGGAACUGAAGAAAAAUAAAAAGCAACGGCAAAUGGUUCGAGCUGCCGUUCUGAAGGGAAAAGAUCCAGCGCAGCUAAUUGAAGAGAUGGAAAAGAUAGACGAAAUGGAAUUCAAUGUGUACCAACCAUCACCGUUAAACGAGAAGGUCCUUAAGGAAAAAAGAAAGAAGCUAAAGGAAACAUUAGAUCGAGUAAUGCGCUUAUAUCAAGCGGAUGAUCCAGAUUUAUGGGGUGAACUAAAACGGAAGGAAGUAGACUACGAAAAACGCCGUAAUAAAAGAAUUCAAUACUACGAAAGUGUACGGCAUGCGGAACAAGUUCAAGUCGACGAUAUUCCGUUGCCAUCGGCAAACGAAACGCCGACCCCUUUGUCGAUUCCACGUAUCCCUAUUCCUCCGGUGUUGCCGGCAAUUAUUCCCCCCAUCAAACCUGCCCCACCUCCAGUAUUGAAGAAACCUGUUGAAAAUCCCGUCGAACCCUUGGAACCAGUGGACGAUGACGACGACAUCCCUGGUUGUCCUCCUGGACCGCCGCCCGACUUGUUUGCGAUGCCGGAAUUAGAUUUCGAUUUAGAAGAAUUUCAUAACGAAACACAGAAAAGUGUCAAAUUCUUCGAUGAUGCCGAUUCUCGUGACAAUUCAGACGAUUCUGAUAUCGAAAAACCAAAACAACCCAGCACUGUACAGCAGAAAAUGUUGGCCAUAUCCGGUCAAAAUUUGGACGAAUUUAUGAAGGAGAUGGAGAACGUACAGAAGAAAAAAGAUCAGUUAGAUCUAGCUGCGACAGGAGUGAUUCCGAUUCCUGCCAAACCUCCAAUUGCUCUCCCAAAUCCAGCACCACAUCCCUCAGAUCCAACAGUCAAAUACGUUCCCAUGCCAUCGAUUCCAAUGCCUGGACCCAUUCAGCCAGCUCUUAUGAUUCGCCCGCCUCCGCUGCGCCCGGGAAUUCCUGGCAUUCCAGGGCUGCGAAUGCCCCCUCGACCACCACCCGGUAUUCCUCCACGAUUAGGCAUUCGCAUGCCUCCGGGACCUCCAGCUGGACCACCACCGAAACACAUCCAGCAGCAGCACAUGCGAAACAUGCUCCAUCAGCAGCAGCAGCAUAAGGAUCCGAAAAGUGCAACCAUUUCCGCUAAACCACAGAUCCGAAAUCUCAGCGCCGAUGUUACCCGAUUUGUUCCGAGUACUUUGCGAACCAAAAAGGACGAAGGUAUCAACAAGCGACCGCAGCAGAACCGUGCGGAUCACGGACAUCAUCUAUCCCAGCAGCAUCACCACCAUCACCAUCAUCAACAGCAGCAACAGCAUCAGCACCACCACCAGCACCAUAUGUCGCACCACCAACAGCAGCAUCCAGUGGGACGGUCCGGUAAUGUGGGUGCACCCGAGCCGGGCAAACCGAGCAAGGAUGACGCUUACAUGCAGUUUAUGCGCGAGAUGGAGGGUUUGCUUUAGAUGGUUUGACGUGUCAAGCUUUAGGUUUCUUGCAAGAAAU